GGAAUGCUGAGAACAAAAGCUUCUCCACAUCUUAUUUCCCGCUAUCUCAAUCUCCAAAAACCACAUUCAAAACCAAAUCCCAAUCGUCAAGCUCUUUCCGAUAAGUUCAAUUCCUUAUUGCAACAAUGUUUAAGUAUCAAACAACUGAAACAAAUCCACGCCCAGUUGCUUACAAAUUCAAUUCACAAACCCAAUUCAUUUCUCUACAAAAUCGCCGACCUCAAAGAUUUCGCUUAUGCCUCGGUUUUCUUCUCCAACAUUCUCGACCCAACCGAGUAUUCUUUCAAUGUCAUGAUUCGUGGUCUCUCGACGGCUUGGAAUAAGUCUUCUCUUGCCCUUGAGUUCUAUUCUCGGAUGAAAUUUCUGGGUUUGAAACCCAAUAAUCUCACUUACCCAUUUCUGUUUAUUGCGUGUUCGAAUCUUUUGGCUGUUGAAAAUGGGCGGAUGGGUCAUUGUUCUGUGAUUAGACGUGGGUUGGACGAGGAUGGUCAUGUGAGUCAUUCUUUGAUUACGAUGUAUGCGCGGUGUGGGAAAAUGGGUGAUGCACGGAAGGUGUUUGAUGAAAUUUCUCAGAAGGAUUUGGUUUCCUGGAACUCUAUGAUUUCGGGUUAUUCGAAGAUGAGGCAUGCUGGUGAAGCUGUGGGUUUGUUUAGAGAGAUGAUGGAAGCUGGGUUUCAGCCCAAUGAAAUGAGUUUAGUUAGUGUCUUGGGGGCGUGUGGAGAGCUGGGGGAUUUGAAACUUGGUACUUGGGUGGAGGAGUUUGUGGUGGAGAAUAAGAUGACGUUAAAUUAUUUUAUGGGUUCUGCAUUGAUCCAUAUGUAUGGAAAGUGUGGUGAUUUAGUAUCAGCCAGGAGGAUUUUUGACUCUAUGAAGAAGAAAGAUAAAGUUACUUGGAAUGCCAUGAUUACAGGAUAUGCGCAAAAUGGGAUGUCAGAGGAAGCUAUUAAAUUGUUUCAAGACAUGAGAAUGAGCAGUACAGCUCCAGAUCAAAUCACAUUGAUAGGAAUACUUUCUGCCUGUGCCUCCAUUGGAGCCCUUGACUUAGGGAAGCAAGUAGAGAUUUAUGCCUCAGAAAGAGGCUUCCAAGACGAUGUUUAUGUUGGUACUGCGUUAGUUGACAUGUACGCAAAAUGUGGAAGCUUAGACAAUGCAUUUAGAGUUUUUUAUGGCAUGCCUAACAAAAAUGAGGUCUCUUGGAAUGCUAUGAUAUCUGCUCUUGCUUUCCACGGCCAAGCUCAAGAAGCCUUGGCAUUGUUCAAAUCCAUGAUGAAUGAGGGUGGAACUGUUUCCCCCAAUGACAUCACAUUUGUAGGAGUACUUUCUGCUUGUGUGCACGCAGGAUUAGUUGAUGAAGGACGUCGGUUGUUUCACAUGAUGAGCUCGUCAUUUGGAUUAGUGCCGAAAAUUGAGCAUUACUCUUGUAUGGUCGACCUUUUUUCACGAGCAGGACAUCUAGAAGAAGCUUGGGACUUCGUCAUGACGAUGCCUGAAAAACCAGAUGAAGUCAUUCUUGGAGCACUGCUUGGUGCUUGUCAAAAGCGCAAGAACAUCGACAUUAGUGAGCGUGUAAUGAAGCUACUCCUCGAGUUGGAACCUUCAAAUUCUGGAAAUUACGUAAUCUCAUCGAAAUUAUAUGCAAAUUUGAGAAGAUGGGAUGACUCUGCCAGGAUGAGAAUGUUGAUGAAGCAAAAGGGUGUUUCUAAGACUCCUGGUUGCAGCUGGAUUGACAUCAAUUCACAACUUCACGAGUUUCAUGCUGGUGAUGUUUUGCACCAAGAGUGGAUCGAAAUCCAUCAAAUCCUAGACUUGUUGAUCGAUGAUUUGAGGAGGGAAGGUUAUAUUCCUAAUGCCAAUCUUCUUUAGCUAGACUAACUUUCAUUCAUCCUCACUGUUUUGUUCCAAAAGAUGAAGUCCAAACACAAUUUUUACAACAAAUUAAUUUUAGAUAAAUUGUACAACAAAUUUUAGAAAAUAAAUCAAAACAUUCUUUUAGUCUUAGAUAAAUUGUACAACAAAUUUAACUGUGCAUGUUGACCGAGAAAAAAAAUAUUGUCUAAAAAAUGCCUAUCUUCAUAGUUCUUAAUAAAAGUUGUUCCAUUUUUUUUCGAGUGUU